GAUGAAAUGGCGAUUGGUUAUCUCUUCCUCUUGCCAGCCCCUUAAGGAUCCGAGGUGAAAUUAGUAGCAAGAAAGCAUGUAAUUGACAAAGUCACGUGUGCUCAGGGGGCCAGAAACUGGAGAGAGAAGAGGAAAAAAAAAAUCAAAAGGAGGAAAGCACAUUAGACCAUGCGAACUAAAUUUGUGAUCGCACAAAAUCAAGAUGCUAGACGGAUGCUGAAGACCACUCCGGUCCAAAGGGAAAGUUUUCAUCUCUCGAGUGUGAAGCUGAGGGCCGGUGGGGCAACAUGGCCGAAGGCGGGGCAAGCAAAGGUGAGGAGCCAGAAAAGCUGCCUGAGCUGGCAGAGGAAGAAUCCCAGGUUCUGCAUGGAACUGGCCACUGUAAGUGGUUCAAUGUGCGCAUGGGAUUUGGAUUCAUCUCCAUGAUAAACCGAGAGGGAAACCCCUUGGAUAUUCCAGUGGAUGUAUUUGUACACCAAAGCAAACUAUUCAUGGAAGGAUUUAGAAGCUUGAAAGAAGGAGAGCCAGUGGAAUUUACAUUUAAAAAAUCCCCCAAAGGCCUUGAGUCAAUACGGGUAACAGGCCCAGGUGGGAGCCCCUGCUUAGGAAGUGAAAGAAGACCUAAAGGGAAGACACUGCAAAAAAGAAAACCAAAGGGAGAUAGGUGGAGACGGCAGGAUUUACUGAUGGAUCAGAUGUGGACUGUGAGAGAAGAAGAGUCCAGGAUGAUUCCAAGAUGCUACAACUGCGGUGGCCUUGACCAUCAUGCUAAAGAAUGUAGUCUACCUCCUCAGCCAAAGAAGUGCCAUUACUGUCAGAGCAUCAUGCACAUGGUGGCAAACUGCCCGCACAGGAUUGUCGCACAGCUGCCCGCCAGUGCUCAGGGAAGACAGGAGACAGAGUCCCAGCCGUGCACCUCUGCUUCGCCCAGAGAAGUGGGAGGGGGCCAUGGCUACACAUCACCUUUUCCUCAGGAGGCAAGGUCAGAGAUGGCAGAGCAGUCAGACAGGUCACCCCAAGAAGUUUCUUCCACGAAGGCAUUUGUAGCAACAGAAGAGCCAAAUAAAAAGGGGCCUUCAAUUCAAAAACGGAAAAAAACUUAAUCUCGUCGGCAUUUUCUUCACCCAGCUGGGAAGUCUACCUCACGCAAGCACAGGGGAAUAGUAUUCUACAGAUAGCAGCUGACCGGGAUUUUAACUACUGUUGAGGAACUGUGAAUUUCUUAAUCAGACAAAUCAUUCUUGAGCAACUUACAUUUAAGCAGGGUUUCAUGUUUUAUAGACUCGAAAUGCAUAUAGUAUGUGCUGCAAAAGUGAGAUGAGAGAUUUGAUUCUAUAUUGUAUGUGUGAGGAUUUCACAUAGGAGCACAGGUAUAUUCAUACACAUACAAGUGUAUAGAUAUAUGUGUGUGUAUAGGCCUGUCUUUAUACAUGUAUUAUGAAGAUAUAAGCACAUACUCUCCCACAGAUAAUUGGGUAUCUCCAAGCAUUGAAAGUCCACGUGAAACAUUUGAGGUGGUCUCAGAAUUAACCCUUAGAAUUUUUCCUAAAUUUUCUUUUAUAUUAUAUAAACAUAACCUCCUAACUGUUACUUUUUUGUGAACCAAAGUAUGCAUCAGAUCUCAGACUGCCAGUCAAAUGGUACUAAAGGUUUUGGGAUACUCGGUGCCUCCCAAGUCUGGAUUCACCGCUGUGUCCUGGUGCUGAUGGAGUGUUUGCUUUUGCUGUUAUCUGCCUUCUCCUGUCUGAAGGUGGCAACUUAACUCUAAUGCCUCUGACUGCCGUAAGCUUUUUGUUUUUGGAUACAUAACUCCAGAAAAGACAAUGAAUGUAAAGUUUCUGGGCUGGUAUUUCAGUGUCGUUUGUUCUGAUUGUGAUUUACAUGCCUAUUAAGAAGAAUGAAGGGGAGGGUAGUGUAUAAAUAUCAUGGUGUAAUCCUUUUUAGUGGUAUUUUGAUACCAGCUCUUUUACACAUUUCUUAGGUUUUUAAGGGACUAUGGCAACGGAAGCCUCCCUUGACUGAGCAGCUCCUGAACCAUCACUGAGAAUGGGAAGGUCUCUGUACUUACUACUGAAGCCUUAAAGGAAACUAAUUAUUUGGGUAUAUUUUAGUGGCUUUCUUUAUUAUCCCCAUAGAAUCCUCAGACCUGUUUUAAAACAAACAAAAACACCAUAGAAAUGAACAAAUAGUGGGGCUUAGAGUGAAAAUGAAGUAGAUGCUUACAGAUGCCCAACAGAUACAGUCUGUGACUGAUACUAAAAAGAAUAGCGUUUGGUGGCAGGCAGCUAGAAUGAUAAGCCUGGAGCAGAGUUACCAAAUCCCCGCUGCCAUGUGGCCAAUACUUUGUAUGACGACUUUGAUGCCAUGGCAGUUACCUAGAGCAUAGAAGCUGAAGUAACCUAAGUUAUGGCUUCAGGGUGAGCAUUCAGGGCUAUUGAUAAGAAUCUUCUCAGAUGGAUUCUCAGUUUGCUAACAGAUUGUCUUAGUAUAGGUCUGUUUGCCAUCAUGUUUUAAAAAAAAACCAAAAAAAAAAAAACUUUUGAAACAUCUCCAAGAAGAUAUCAAGGAAUUUCAGUGCAUAAUUUUGGCAAUAAAUAUAAUUUAUAUGGGCCUGUUGGUAUAAGCUCAGAUAAUCAAACAAGAAAGCAUCGAGACUCAAAUGAGAUGCAUUCUGCUGAGGAGUUCCUUCCUCCUGUGUGCCAGUCCUUUCCAGGUUAGCUUGAAUCUCUUGACAGUAUUUAUGAGAGUUUCCGUAGUAUUCUAUUGACGUAUCAUUGUGCUAUAAUGCAGAGCUUACUGUUGACGAUAUUGAAUGUGACGUAGCCAUAGAGAAGUACUGCCUUGCCUUAUGUGAGGAUUUCAAGCUUAUUUAAAUUAUGUAGACAAAUCAAAGUGUCACCCAAGUAUAAUGAACAAAGUAACAGUUGUACAAGCAAAAUAUGACAGGUGGCUUUGAAAGUUCAAACCAAAGUUCCUUGACUAUAGGAAUAGGAAAUUAUGGACUUGGAAAUUGGACAUUCUGUUUACAUAUGAAAAUUCAGAGCUGAGAUCACUUUUAAAAAAUAAGUAGAAAAUUCUGGAACACUUGAACUAUGGACCUUAUGGGUCCAGUUGACAUUUUUCAGCAUUUAACCAGACUGAAUUACUAAGAGCACAUACAAAACCUUAUGGUUAAAGUUGGGGUUUAUUUUUUAUAUGAAAAUAUUGUCACUGUUACAUGCUCAGGACAAAGAACUUUGCUCAGGGAACAUACAAUAUGAUGUUUUUAUUGUUUCUUUACAGACUAGUCUAUCGCCUUGCUUACUCAAAAUAAGCCAAAUAAAUUAGGUCUUUAUGUUUGUACAUGUACUUGUUGGUAACUACCUCUGAGUUUGACAUUGAUCAUAAUUCUGAAUAUUAGGUAUUGGUUCUCCUGUUUUUAUUUCAUGUGAAAAGUCUCGUAAAGCAAACUCAUCCACUCCUUGCAGAUGUGAAUUUACUGAUAUGAGCACAUUGUUCAUUCCCAUUGGUGAAACAUUCCGUUUACAGCAAAUAGCUACCUCCUAGCUAUUACAUAGCAUACCUUGAUGCUGCUGCAGCCUUAUAGUAAUUCUCUGGUACAGACACUUUUAAUCUGUAGCAUAGAUAGGUGUUUACAACUGCAUGUUUCUCCAAAAUGCCUGUGAAUAAUAGGACUUCUCAUGUCAGGUAGCAAAGUUUCCACGCAUUUCCUUAAAGUUAACAUGUAUUGAGUUUAAGGGAGUGUAGGCACUCUUUAUGCUAAGCAAAACAACACAGAAACAGUCUUGAAAAUAACUCUGUUGCCCAGAGGUGGGAGCAGGAGGGUGAACAGAAGCAAACGUGGUGUAAAAAAUUCCUACUCUCUUCACUUAUAUCUUUGCUGCACUGAAGACAAAGCAGACUACACCAUUACAAGCCCCUGGUGCAUGACAAACAGCACCAGGCUGCCUGCCAUAGAGGGAACUUAAAGUGUAGUGCCACUCCUACCCAGGAGGGAAAGGAGUCUGUGAAGCACCAUUUUUUCAGGGGUUCCUAAUAAUGGGGUGACGGUCUAAGAAUCGAGCCACCUUUUGACACGCCCCCCCACGUCAACACAAAGGUAUUUCCUAAAAAUGAUGCCCGACCAGCCUUUUAGCCUGUGAAUCCUUCGUUCUCUACACAGCAGGACGUAGUGGAGACACUUUUAUACCUGCAUUUCUAGUCUUUGGAUGUAUUUUUACAAAUGAAUGAUUUAGGGAGAUUUUUAUCUGCUUAUGACUUAGAAAUUUUAGUGUGCAAUCUACAGAAAAGGAUAAAGACAUCACGAUAUUAGCAUCAGUCCACCUCCCAAAUAUAGGAUGUUUUUUAUUGCCAAUUAUUUUUGUACUCUGACUCAGAUUUAUUUUGCACCAGUGCAGGCCUGAGAUGCCACUGGUUGCACAUAGUUUGUGAAUGGAAGCCCCCAAGUGUCAGUAGACUCUGUGACACUCACUGUAGGAUGGGUUAGACAGGAUGUGGGGAAUCUCAUUAAGUCUUAAGUUAAUUUAAAUUAAUUUAUCUGUUUUCUCUAAGAAAUGUUUAUCUUAAAAUAUAUAUGUAAUUUCACCUUUGUUAUAAAAUCCGGGAAAUUAUAUGCAAGUGCAGCUGCGCCGACUUUAAUUUUCUAGAUGUCUUAAUGAGAUUUAUUUGUUUUAGAAAAAGAACAACUUGUUGAAAGCAUCCAGUUCUGUCUUACAUACUGACAGCAGCCUCAAGAUGUGCCUGUGUGAGUUGUGGCCUGGUUGUUCCGUCACAGUGAGAGGGUGACCUGUGACGCAUUGUGGAUCUUAUGCUUGGAACAAAGUACUGUACUGUGAGCAAGUAUUCAGAUGUUAACACGCCUGUGGCUUACCCUUGUCCGUUCCCAGCCUGAAAUAAUGGUGCCGACUACCUCUCCCGUCACUGACAUUGUCAACCGCAGGUGCCCACCACCAAGCUGGCUUUAGUCAGUGUGUGUCUCUCGCGCUGUUAACAACUCUAGCCAUAUAAAGACCAAAGUGAACCCUGAUUUCUGUAUGUCUUUAACAUGGUGUUUUAUCUAGUAUUUUAAAAUUAUCUUGUAGUGCUUAGAUUACCUCAUAGGCCAUUUUGAUUCAUGUUGUUUACAAGUGAAAAAUUUUAAAAAUACGCUUGAACUGUCACUACAAAGAACAAGAGAGGAGCUGAUAUUAGAAUGGCACUCUGCAUUCCGUCACCUCAAUGGACUGACUAUUCUGCAGACUUCAGCUUAGUGUUGUCUUUUCAUGCCGGAUGUCCUACUCUCUUAGCUAUCGAUGUUUUGAGAUUUAA